GCAGGAUUUCCACUGGGAAGUCCCUUGUGGGCUCCCUAAUUGAGUUAGAGCCCUUCAGCUUAAGCCCUCAGAUGACAGCUUUCCCCAAAGCCUGCUUAGCAGAGCCAGAGCGCAUGCACCACAUGUGUGACCCUGGGUUUCCCCUACCGUGGAGCACGAUUAAGAUGAAAACCCGCACAUCAUGAGUAGGGACCGUGAACCUGUCUCACGGAUUUUAAGCCUUGUUAGUGGGUGAACAAGCCAAGGCUUUGAGACUAUUGCUUCGCAAUGCUAGGAAGAGCCAACACAUCUAAGGAUCCAAGCACCAGCGGGCUGUGAACCCUUGGCGGUCAAGAGCCGGUGAUCCCUGCAGUAGCUUUUCUGAUGCCUUCUGCUGGAAACCCAAAAGGUCAGAGAGAUCGCGAGGCCCCAUUGUGAAGGUCUGUAUUUGUACUGAAAAUGAAGAUGAGCCAGCUUCUGCCCUCUUCUCCCUGAGCUUGCUCUGGGACUCCUGCUCUUCCUGCUGGAGCCCUGGCGAGCCCGCAGAAGGAGCUUCCUGUUGAAACACACGCGCACCCCGCAGCCACAGAGGUCGCUGUGCAGGGCCAGCAGCGUGAGAAACCUUGGAUUCACUCUUCAUUGGGGGAAGGAGUGAUGUGAGUUUAUUUGUUAAUGUAUAGAACUCUCCCCCCACUUAAGACGACCUGAUUCUCAGUCCAGGGACUCCAGUGGGGGAUUUCCGGGUGUCCCAGGCUCCCUCACUUACCGCGGCAGGCCGUUGUCGGGGUGACAGAAAGGAGGCGGGGAGACGCCGGAGACUUCUAGAAGGUUGUAGACGUCCUCCAGCGAUCUGCAGAUCCGAAGACAGCCUUGGGGAUCCCCUCACCCUGCAGAAGCUGAUGCCGUCCCUCUGUGGCCUGGGGCGUCGCUGGGCAGCUUCGGGGCUGAGCGGACCCCAAGAAACCUGCUCCGAUGGGCACGUGACGCGAGCGUCCCUGGCUUGCCGGCUGGCGACGGCGCUGCUGCUGCUCGUGUGUUGUGCGCGGGCGACUUCGGGUUCUCUGAAAGUGGAGGUGCCACUGAGGAAACUGACCGUACACCUGAAUGACAAUGUCACCAUCCCCUGCAAUUUCUCUGGCUUCGCAAGGCUGGACCUCAGAGUUAUGGGCUUUAGGUGGUAUCUCAAGGAUCCUGUAUCUAAAUCGAAGAUCACAGUGUUGGAGCUCUUUGGCAAUAAUAAAAUCAUUCCCAGAACUGGGGCCGAAGUGUCUCCAGAGAGGCUGCUGAGGGGAGACGCCUCACUGCAACUGCCUGCGGUCCAGCUGGGGGAUGCAGGAGAAUACUGGUGCGAGGUGGUAGACACCCCUGCCAUGGAAGAUGACAGUGUCUCACUGGAAGUCCUGGCUGCACCAACCAGCAGAGUGUUUGUGGAACAGACCACGGGGACUGGUAAUGACAUGUACCUUGUGUGUCAGUCCUUUGGGUUCUACCCAGAAGCCAUUAACAUAACAUGGGAGAAGCGGACCCACAAUGUUUCCCAGGACCAGAGGAUUUCUACAGACAUCUGUACUGAUCCCAUCAUCGUGAAUGAGGAUGGUACCUUUAACAUCACCAGCUACUUGAAACUCAGUGCCUCUCUGGAAGACACCUACUCUUGUGUAGUGGACCACAUAUCCUUGAAUACCUCCCAGAGGCUGAACUGGACACUGUUUGUGAGAAAAGCUGAGAUACAGUACAUCCGGAUUCUUUUAGCUUUUAUUGGACUGAUUUUAAUAAUGAUUUUUUGUUUUGUUUGGAUAAGGUACUAUUGUAAAAAAUCACCAGCUGUGAUCCUGAAGAAGGAAGCACAGAACUAUAAUAUAUGACAGAGGUUUACAGAGAUGAGCGCAAACCUUCACACCUCUCUCUGCCUGCAUCUGUUGCCACGUGGCUUUCAGUGUCUUCCAAUGCACUCCCUGGACAUUGGGCUCCAACUUAUGCCUUGCUUUAAUCAAUGGAAGAAAGUGACUACAAGCCAGGUCCCAAUGUAGCCCUGGAGAGGCCUUUUGUUUCUCCAUUUUCUGUCUUUGGUGAAGUGAGAAGGAUGAAUCUCAGCUGGCCAGCUAGAGGAUGAGCAAUACAGGAAGCAGAAUGACAUCAUUCUUGGUGAAGUGGCAGCCAUUCAUCUCCACUCAUGACAAUCUACCUGUGGUCAGCAGUGCUGACAAAGCCAACUCUCAGUGCAAGAGAAAUAUUUUUUAACUAAAUAUUUGUUUUUGAAUAAAGAUAUUGAAAA